GGGUCGCAGUCGAGUGGUUGUGUUUUGGUCGUCGAUUCGGGCAGUUAUUUUGCGUGAUACAAAAUUAAGCAAAUAACGCGAAAAUUUGUGUUUUUUGGGUCGCGAAAUUUCGUGAGUGUGCGGUAUUGUUUUUACUUGGUUCUUCAUUCGACGGCUUUUAUUCGAAUUUGCGGUUCUUGCCGUUGCUUUUCAUCUGUUGCCGUUGUUUUUGGUGUGUAUGGCUGACUUCUGUUCGCGGUUCUUUUCUAUAUCGCUAUACAUAAAUACACAAUAAGCCAGGCAUUCAAGUGGAUAAGCGUCAGUGUUACUGUCUGUCUGUCAAGUUAAGAGAAAAAGUCAAAAACCAUUUCGGUGAAAAGUCUGAAACUUCGAAUUUGUCGUCACAAAGCAACACAAAUUCUGAUUCAUUUCCUAUCGUUCGAGUAGUAUCAUUUUGGCAAAGUAGAAUCCUCCAGCUAGCUUUGAUAGGCACUUAAUCAGGUGACUUACAUAAGGUCCCGGCCAAAUUUGAAGUUUUACGCUACAGCUCAUCACAUCACACUCUGUUGUAGUACGUGUUUAAGUCGAGGAGCGAUUAACAUUCAAGAAACCGCGGACGAAUUUAAGAGCGACACGGACGGAAGAAAACAAGGAAAAGUACGAUGCUUCUGAGCCGAAAUAAAUUUGGAGGCUUCCGACCGGCCAAGCUGCUCAAGUUGGAGAAAAUGGAUGCCCCGGCUACGUCCGAUAUCGUCAUCAUCAACGGGAACUCGCACCCGGAACUGGCCAAUUUGAUUGCCAAUCGUUUGGGCGUGAAAAAUGGUGGCUGUUCAGUGUAUCACAAAACUAAUCGGGAAACCAUGGUUGAGAUUGGAGAUUCGGUUCGAGGCAAGAACAUCUACAUUAUUCAAACUGGCACCAAGGACGUCAACAACAACAUCAUGGAGCUUCUGAUCAUGGCCUAUGCAUGCAAAACCUCCUCGGCCAAGUCAAUCGUUGGGGUCAUUCCGUACCUGCCCUACUCGAAGCAGUGCAAGAUGCGCAAACGGGGCUGCAUCGUUUCGAAGCUGCUGGCCCGGAUGAUGUGCACCUCCGGCCUAUCUCACAUCAUCACCAUGGAUCUGCACCAGAAGGAAAUUCAGGGCUUCUUCGACUGCCCGGUCGACAAUCUUAGGGCUUCUCCAUUUUUGCUACAGUACAUUCAGGAGAGUAUCCCAGAUUACCGCAACUCGGUAAUCGUGGCCCGUAAUCCGGGAUCGGCAAAGAAGGCAACUUCCUACGCUGAACGAUUGCGGCUGGGAAUUGCCGUCAUCCACGGCGAACAGAAGGAAUCGGAAACAGAUGAGGUCGAUGGAAGGAAUUCGCCACCGACCUUGCCCAAAUCGCGCACCAUGGACGUGUCCGGUGGAGUGCCGGUUCAGUCGGCCAAGGAGAAGCCUCCGAUCAAUGUGGUCGGUGAUGUUGGCGGGCGGAUUGCCAUCAUGGUGGACGAUUUAAUCGAUGACGUUCAGUCAUUUGUGGCUGCCGCCGAAGUUCUCAAGGAGAGAGGAGCGUACAAAAUUUACGUCAUGGCGACCCACGGUUUGCUGAGCCAGGAUGCACCAAGGUUGAUUGAAGAUUCUCCAAUUGAUGAGGUCGUUGUGACAAACACAGUUCCUCACGAGAUCCAGAAGAUGCAGUGCCAUAAGAUCAAAACCGUUGACAUCAGCGUGCUGAUGGCAGAAGCUAUUCGACGUAUUCACAACAAGGAGUCCAUGUCCUAUCUGUUCAAAAACGUCACCUUGGAGGAUUAAAGCGGGGCCUCGCUCACCUGCGGAAGCUGUGGAGCAGCAAUGCAAGUAAUCUGUUUUUUUUUUUAAUUUUUCGUAUAAUUUUCAUUCAACUGAUAUCCAGGUCGCGGGACCUAAUCGUUGCGAUGGAACAUGUUUUACUCCUAGCCCAGAGUCCGGUAGAGGAACAUUCUUUUUGUUUUCGAAACCUUUUAUCAAGUAUUCCAGUGUUAUCACGCUUGAGCUUAUCAUAUUCUAAAAAAAACCUGUACAACAGCACGUGUUUCAAAAACAUACUUCAUAAAGCAUGAUUAUCGUUUUGAUCCUUGAGGCACCUAGUGAUCGAAGGAUCGGAUGUCGAUGCAACUAAUUAUGGCAAAAAGCACCGAAGAGUUCAGAAUUCAGCAUGUGCUCUCCAGUGUGUAGUAGUACAAGAACCAAAAUAAACUGUGUAUGUUUCCGAAAAAAUAUUAAGAAAUCCAUUGAAAAUGCAAAUGUCUCCUAUACGAAAGAAGAAAUUUUUUAAAGCUAGAAUAUCAAUAAACAUUUAUUUGUAUGAAAUAUGUAAAA